AUGGCAACAUUCAAAUUCCCACACAUUUUCUUGACGGGUCAUCCUUCGGUCGGGAAAACCACCAUCAUCAAAGGUGUGCAAUCAUCGAUCCAACAAAAGUGUAAUGGUACAGAUGGUAAUGUGACCAUCAGUGGGUUCUAUACGGAAGAAUGUCGAAAUAAGAGUGGCAAUCGAAUAGGAUUUGACAUUGUUUACUGGCCUACUCCUGCAACAAGAACCCAAAAACAACCAUCAGAACCACAACGCGUUGCCUUGUCCCGCAUGGUGGAUCGAAUACAAAAAGGAAAACCAUUUGUGGGAAAGUACUUGGUUGAUAUUGACAAUGUGGCAAAGUAUGCGGUUGGAUCCAUUUCCGCUGUUGAAACUGUUACAACGAGCAAAAACCAAAGGUCACCGUCGUUGGUGAUUUUGGAUGAAAUUGGCAAAAUGGAAAUGUUAUGUCCGCAAUUCAUUCCAGCAGUCAACAAACUAUUAGACGACUCGUCCAAUCCGACUACUCGCCGGGUCGUCUUUGGAACGCUUCCUACCCCUCGGUAUGGUCGAGUCAUUCCGGACGUGGAAUCGGUCCGAGCACGGGACAAUGUGUUAGUUUUGCAUGUGACCAAGGACAAUCGCGAUGAAUUGCAAAAGUUGUUAUCCGAGAUACUUUCAAAAGUCCUACUCUUCGAUAUAUCAAAUGAUGACAGUAGUGGUUUAAUAAAGGCAUUGGAACCAUAUCGAUACAUUCGUCCAAUUGGAGCUUCGUCGUUGAGUGGAGACAAAAAGAAGGAGGGUACUAAUGUACACAAGAAGAAUCAAAAGGCAGACAAACGAGGAACCAAUCUGUCCACUGGCGAGAGUACUGCUACCAGUGUCAAGCCAAGUGGCCCAUUAUUAUCACCGUCCAUUCCACCCAAGGUCUUGAUCGUUGGAGAGACUGCAUCUCCAUUGCCAUCGAAUCCGGAAUAUGCUUACUGCGAACGAUCCAUGUGGAUUGUGUUGAGCAAAAUGUUUGAUCUGCCGACGUACAAGCCCAUUUUGGAUCCUUCCUCGGCGAGUGAAACAGCCAUGGCGAGCUACAAAGUGGUCAAGAAUUUGGCUCUAGCAAAAGGAAUCUGUAUUUGGGAUGUGCUGGCGAAUGUCCAUCAAAAGUCCAAGGGUAGAAAGAAGCAAAAGCCUGUCGAUACGCCAAAUGAUAUCCAAGGCCUACUGAAAAAGUAUCCAUCCAUCGAAAUGAUUGGAUUCAUUGGUCAGAAAGCCCAUGCCAAAUACAAAUCAUUGUUACACGAUGAUCCGGCACACGAUGAUGGAAGAGACGUGCAGCUCGUCACGCUGCCUAGUUCCAGCCCGUCGAAUACACGACUCUCCGUCGUGCAAAAGGUGGAUGCCUGGAAAUCUGCCUUUGAAAAGGAAAUGGCAUAG